UGUCCCACGGUAAUAGUUGUGAAUCUGAGUAAUUGUGAGGGAAACCAGAAAUGUUGCAUGGACAAUGGUGAUAAAUUCUGCAAAUCUCCAGCACAAGAGAGGCCUGGCACCUGUCCCUAUGGUACAAAUCUGCCACGUGCUACUGAUUUCUGUACCUCAGACAGUGAAUGCCCUGAUGGAUCCAAAUGCUGCUUCAAUGAUGGUGGAAAGACUUGUCUGCCUUUUGUAAAAGAAAAGAUGGGCUCCUGUCCUCCUAGAAAUAUACUCUAUUGCUUAGUUGCGGUGAGGGACACUUGUACAUCUGACUCCACGUGUCCUGGAGAUUAUAAAUGCUGUCCAUCUGGAUGUCACAGAGAAUGCCUGAAAGCGGUAUAAUAACACCAGAAUAUCCAUCUUUUUACUUGCCUCUAGAACAUGAUCUAGUUCCUGUAAUAAGAAUCAUGUCACUGAUCACAUAUAAAGGAUGUUUUUGUGGGUGCAUUUA